UACUACUGUUCCUGGGACAGGAAUGUUAGGAUUAUUCGAAUCACUGAUAGGCGACCCCCGGGAGUGAAACAUAAGCCCAUUGAGCUCGAGCUCCCCAAAACCGCACCCCGUGGAUCGUCGGCCAGCGGGCUGUUCGCGGCCUCGAGGUCAAACCUGGGCUACAUGCCAUUUUGUUUGGAUGGAAGGAUACUUUCCGGGUCGGGGUUCCCUAGUGCUCCAGGUGGUGUCCUUCCGGCGGUGUGAUCGUAGACGCCAGGCAUUCGAUUUGAUUUGUUAAGGCACCGGACCACUCUCCUGAGUUGUGUGUGGUUCUGCUACGGUACGACGGUAGGACGGAUAUUACGGCUAGAAGCGAGGGGUUUGGUGUUGUGUUGGGGCGCCGUGCGGUGACACUGAGGCUGAAAGUUGACUGACACCCGGUGUCUGGCAUCCGUGGUGAUGUCUCUUCCGAUGAAGUGGUGUGUCGAACCGAUCGAAUGACGAGAUUAGACGAGGUGCGAAGAUGCGAUACGAUCGAUUAUACUCCAUGUCGAGCGCGUAACGGACGAGACGUUUAACCCAAAACCGCCCGUCGGAAAGUGUGUGUGUGUGUUUGUGGUGUGGUGUUUCGGUGGAGUGGUGGAGAAGGCGGAACGAAACCGAAAUCGAUCAUUACCCUCUCUGCACGUGUACUGUUCGCGCACGCCAGAAUGUUGUUGUGCGAAAAAAAAAAAACAACCGGAGAUCAGCCUCAGACCGGAGACACCUUAGUGGUCCUAACGCAGCGAGUCCGAUGGUCAUCGGGUUCGCUUGCUUUGUUUUCUCUGACAUUCGUGCCAAGACAUUCGCGACACGGUGGGUAACGGUGGCAGCGAGGCAGUGUCCGGCCUCUAAAGGCGAACAGGAUGGACGUGAGUGCGCGUCGCCUGCGGUUUGUAGACGGACCCCCCCUCGGGCGGGGGCUGUAGAAGUGUGGUGUUGUGUCCUUUUUUGGGAUGUUGUUGCCCUCCCGUCUCGGUAUUCAUUGGCUUGCCGUUAGCGUCGUGGUUGGCCAUGGUGCGUAAGGUGGUAGUAGCCCAUGGUGACGACACGAUCGUUCGCUAGCAGUUGUAGUUGGCUGUGUGGACAAUCGAAGCCCGAUUUGAUUCGUCCGAAAGCAUCGUGGAAUCGGGCAUGAUGAACUGGUGGUGUGUGAGGUGAUGCUUUAAAGUGACGAAAGCGCAUCAAACGGACAGACACUUAAGGGUUGGACAUCAUUUGCGUUCGCGCUGCGCCUGCUUGAAACAAAAUCAAUGCCGAUCUGUUUGACGUAUUGACACCAUUUUCCACCCCAUUACGAUCUAGCACGAGCUUUGAGGUUAUGUGAGCCCGGGGGAAGUUGCACAUAACCAAAGGGGAGAAGGUGGUGGCCAGUAUGUUGCCAAUCCCCAACCCCCCAUUAUACCCGGGUAUAUUGGUAAUACAAUCCAACAAAAACGACGCGAUGAUGGCGACGGUAACACGCAGCGCAAAAACGAAAGGUUUCGCCUUAACGAAACAAAUCGCAAAUAAUUGGUACCCGGUCCAAGGGAACAAGGGAACAUAUCUAACUAGGGUCCUGGAUAGCUGACAGAGCACCCAUAUAGUAGUGAGUCAAUAUUUGAAAGUCUUUCAAGAGACAAAGUAGUAAAGGGCCCCAGUAGAUAGCGGGACUUUCUGACGCCGCUAAAGAGCGAAAGGUCCCGGUACUUUGUGUGGCCAACCUAAACACAUUUUAAACCAGGGAGGAAAGCGGCUGUAAACAGGGUGUCUGUACACACAGGGAGUGCACUUUCAACCAACGAUCUUAGCCGUCGUUCUGCCGCUACUACUAGCUAAUGUAAUUGGUCGGGGGCGGCGAACGUAGCGUCGUAAUUGAAAUUCAAUUUCCAUUCCAACUUUUAUUGGAUUGGCGGCCCUUUUUUGUGGGUUUUCGUUCGGGUUUCGAGUGAACGUAUGGGUGACACCCUUCCUUUACCUUUCGCCAGUUCAGGUUGAAUGCUGCUGCCGGAGCUUUAGUUUAAUGUUCCCAACGGUCAUAAUGUGGUCGCGACGUUGGGCUCUUUGGAGGCGCCCGAAAGAGUAGAGUUGAGAAUGUGUUGCGCUUGAGAUCGAUCGGUUACCGGUGUCUUAGGGUUUGGCAUUCCAGCCGCCGUUCCAGCUGGCGUAACACAUCGCGGAUCGUGCCAGUUGCAGCGGCCAGAGAACCAGAGAACCACCACCGGUAGUAGUGUUAUUAUUAUUUAUGGUUACGCACCCGCGGGUCUCGACACCAGCAGACCAGGAAGACCAGCUGAAGGAUACCGGAGGCGGGGGAAGAUUCUUUCCUCCUUUACCACCGCGUUUGCUGAUUCCUUCCAUUUCGGUCCGUGUGCGGCGUGCCUCCAGGUGUAAUUGAACUUUCCGUCUCUCUUUCUCUCUUUUGACGCAUCGCGCGUUGUCCGGGGAAAGCGAGGUGUGUUUUUGUGUGCGCGCGCGCACCCACUCCUAGAACGCCCCUUCG